CAGGCAGGCAGAUAGCCUAUCCCCUGCAGCCUCAGGCCCCCAAUCACCCUUCCCCACCCCCCUUCUCCCUCCAUGCCACCUCUGCCACCUGCAGCCUUGGGUCCCCACCCCUCCUUCUUCCUGUCUCUCUCCCUAUGUCUCUACCCCCUUCCUGCCCCUCCGCCCCUGCCCCGUUUGCUCCAGGCCAGCGGGCUCCAUGUCCGCUGCAGCCUGGUGCGCUGAGCAUGGCUCCAGCCAGGCCCCAUAACAAAGAUGUGGAGCCAGCACUGCUGCUACAGGGCCAGGCUGGAGGACAUGUUCUGUUCUCUGUAGUCCAGGCUUCAGCAAGAACAGAGGCUGCGGGCCGGGCUAAAACAAAGUUAUUUUCUGCUGGAAAAAUUCCAGGCACCAGAGCAGCUGAACUCAAGGCAAAGUACACCUCUCUGCAUGAGACAGUGAUAAGUUUACAGGAAUCAGAGAUCCAGUUGUUACAAGAUGCCAAACGUUUCACUGUAGAAAUAGAAAAACAGCAACAAGUACUGGAAAAAGCAGAUGAGUUCCCUGAAGGAUUUACCAGUGAAGUCUCCAGAAUGAGGCAGCAACUACUUAAAUAUCAAAAUGAAUAUAAUGCUAUUAAAGAAAGAGAGUAUGAAAUUCAGUAUAAGUUGAACUGCUUACAAGAAGAAAAAAAAAUCCUUCAGCGGGAGUAUGAGAGAAUCCCCAAGCAAGGUGAAACAGAAAAGAGAAUUAAAAUGUUGAAAGAAAAUUGUGAAGAGCUUCGUAAAGAAACAACCCAAAGGAGAGCAGAGAUCAAAGCACUGAAGGAGGAUGUGGCAUCCAAGCACAAACUGAUGUUAAAAGAACAGAAAGAAGUUGAGGAACUUCUAGAGCAGGAGGAUAACCUAAAGGAAGAGUUAGUUCAACUUCAUGUUAUACCUGUCCAACUUGGAAAAGAAAUGGACAAGAUUAACCGCAAAAAAACGGUUGUAGAGAAGAAGAAAAAAGCCCUUGAUGACCAAAUAGAAGAAUUAAAUGAUACCUUGAAAAAAAUAGAAAAAAAGAACGAAGAACUUUCAGAAGAAAAGGAAGAUGUAAUGAAGGAAUUAGAUGGAAAACGAGCAUUGAUUGAAAGCAAGGAGCGAGAAUUCAACCAUUUGACAAAGUUACUAGAAAUGGGUAAAGAGAAUGAAGCAACAGCCCUAGCAGACAGGACUGUUCUAGAAAUCACUUUACAUAACUGUCUGUUGGAGAAGCAAAAAAAACAUGAUAUUCUAGUGAAUAAGCAAAAAGAAAAAGAGAAAAAUUUGAGAAGUUUAAAAAAGAUGGAACUGCAAUUGAAAAUUGCUCAAGAUUCCUUGGAACAAGUCAAAUCACUUCAUGGAAGACUCAAAUUAGAGACAGAUGCCAUUCCUAAAAAUGAUGGGCCAUUACUACAAAGAAGAAAAGAACUCAAGAAAGAAGUUGAAAUGAAUAAGCGAAAUCUAGCCCAGGAGAAAGUCAUGACAGAUGCUGAGGCCCAGACCUUAGAACAGUGUAUUGCUCAAGAAAACCAACUUUUCAAGGAGCAGGAACGCUGCAGAGAUGAGUUAGCCAAUCUUGUACGUCUGACUCAAGUCAAGUCUGAUGAAAGAGAGCAGAAAGCUAGGGACUUCCUAAAAGCCCAGAUCAGGCUCCAAAACAUUAUUAAAGAAAUUAAAAAAAAAGAUCUGGAAAUAGGGGAAUAUAAGAAGAGGAAAAGAGAUAUACAAAGGCAACUCACAGGAUUUGCAAAAAUAUAUGACAUUAUUCGAAAUGAGAGAAAUAAAUGUGUAAAUUUGGUGUAUGCCGCUCGCCAGAAAACAACUGAAAUUAAAGAGAGGGUUAAAAUGCUAGAUAAUGAGAUGGAAAUUUUGAGGAACAGCGCUAUAAUUAAAGACAGAAAACUGCAGAAACGCAGUCUAAAGCAUAAACAUAAUAUUACAAUCAAAGAUAGCCUCCAAGGUGAUGUUUGCAAAGUUAUUGCUAUUCUGCAAGGGAUGAAAGAAAAGAAGGAGCAACACUUACUGGAUGUUGACAGACUCACCAAUAUGUUGACCCACACUGAGGAAGAAAUGUUACAACUACAAAAGAAAUAUGAAAGAGCUGUCCAGCAUCGAAAUGAGAGUGGUGUUCUCCUCAUAGAGCGAGAGGAAGAAGUAUGCAUUUUUUAUGAGAAAAUAAACAUUCAGCAGAUCACGAGUAGAAGCGGAAAUAUUGAGAUUCAAAGCAUGGAUGAAAAGAUCAGAUUGCUAAAGCUGAAGAUAGCUGAGAAAAAGAGGCAGAUUGAGAUCUGUCUGAAAAUUCUACCAAUGAAGAAUGCCCUCGAUGCAGAUAUGGUGGCACUUCAGAUUCAGUAUUCUCAGUGCAAGGACAGAAUUAAAAGUCUGGACAAAAUCUUUGCUGACCCUGAGGAAGAGAACAGAAAGCGAGAGUUGGGAGGGAAGGAUCCAUCUGUACCUGAAUUGUUUAAAAAGAUCGAGGAGUUAGAAUUAAAGCUGGUGGAGAAAGAGGAGAAAUUGUUGGAGAAAGACUUCAUUUAUGAGCAAGUUUCCCGGCUAACAGACAGAACCCGUAUCAAGACAGAGAAUGGGAAGCAGGACACACUGGUAUUAGCAAAAAAGAUGAAUGAAAUACAGCAGAAGAUAAAAGAUAAAACACGGAAAAUGAUGGCCCUUGUUGCCGAGUUAUCUAUGAAGCAAGCAAUGGCUAUUAAACUCCAGCAGGAAAUGAGGGACAAAGACGAAUUUUUGACUGCUAUCAUAUCCAGGCUAGAGAAUGGUCUCCCUCUUCCCAGAGACAUAGAGGUCGAGUGGAUGAAAGUACUUCACAGGGAGGAGAUGCAGAAAGCAGAAGCAGAAGCUAAAGCGAAUCGUGCUGCACAAGAAGAAGAGGAUGCAUUACAAGGGAGCCUCCAGAAAAAGAGUGACCGUCCCAAUGCAUACAUCCCAGAUGAAGAAAACGUUCUCCCUUUGCCACGACCCUAUGGUGCUCUUGCUCCUUUCAAACCAAGUGUACUUGGUUCAAACAUGAGGCACAUCAGAAAACCUAUUAUAAAGCCAAUUGAAAUCUGAAAAAGUUAAGCCUGUUUCAUCUAAGCCAGGAGAAUCUGUUAGCAAUUGUCCAAAGCCAACAAUUUUUAUAUCAUGUUUUUAAAUACGUGUUAACACUUUGCCAAAUUUUAUACUGCAAACAGAGUGAUUUUCAAGCAAAACCAUAAUUAAAUAUGCAGUAAAAUACAGCACUUUUCCCUCGCUAAAUGGAAUUAUAUAUCCAAAACAUGCAGUAACGCGUUUUGAAAUAUCAAGUAAAGCAAACAAUAGGAUUGUUUUAAACUAAAAUUUAUUGUACCCGCUUCUAUUUUAUAACAUAUAGUUCUUUUAAAAACUGUUAUUGUUCUUAACAAUUUUCUGAUGUGCUUAUGCUCUGUAUCAAUUUAUCCAAAUUAAAUUGAAAAUGUCAGCAAGUUUAAGAAAUACCCCUUCCUUGGUUUUGCUUCCUUAUAAUCACUGCUGCUACUCAUCACUAGGCACCAGGAGUGUUUUUGCACAGAGAAGUGAAAGUGUGAGGAAAAGGCUUUAUGGGAACUGAAUUUCUCCUCUCACCAGUAUGAAACAAGAAUGCCAGUUUAGAAAUAUACUGCCCCGGUUACAAAUGUGCUGAGACAGUGAAAAGGGGGCCAAUGAGGAGCUCAGGGAACAUCUUUAAGAGUCAAUUUCAUUCUUGUUCAGUGCAACCUGAGAGAAUGGAUGGACGUACCAUUUGCAGCUUGUCAAGUGCCUUUAAAAGCACUCCACAAAGUGAGGAUACAGGUGAUACGUGGCAUUAAAGCAUAACAAAUAGACCUGAACUUGCUCAAAAAUGACCAUGGAUAAAAAAUUUUAAAAAAUCAGCUCUGAAGCAUUUCAUGUUACAUCUGUACUCUCCAGCAGAAUGACAGGAAAUGUGGUCAGUCUACC